CCCGCGUCUCUUGGUUGAGCGGUGCUUCAAAGCUUCAAGCUUCAAGCUUCAUCCACCUUUUGAACCCAUUGACGGCACAUUCCCCGCACUUGCAACAAGCUAUCGAAGCCGAAAAUUCUGAGCGGGGAGCCUACUAUUGACCGGGGUGGUCAAUAUUUCGAAACACUUGCUCGAGGGUGGUACAUAACAUGGCCGAGAACCAAUCUCAACCUAGAAUCGUGGUUAUUGGUGCAGGGGUGGGAGGUCUGUCAUUUGCGGUCAAUUUGCGAAGAAAACUUCCUGAAUUCGACAAUUUUGUCAUCUACGAGAAAGCAAACGACGUCGGAGGAACUUGGAGGGUAGCGAUUCUAUCAUGUUCAUGACCUUGAUGGCAGUCUCACUACUCCCUUAACAGUCCAACACGUAUCCCGGUUGUUCUUCAGAUAUUCCUUCGCACUUCUUUUCACUUUCGACGGAUUUGAACCCAGACUGGGAUUAUACCCACGCUAAACAACCCCAAUUUCAUGGAUACUGGAAGAGUGUCGCCCGAAAAUAUGACCUGUACCCGAAUUUAAAGUUCAACACGUUGGUGACUUCAGCGGUAUGGAACCCAAGUAAAUCAAAGUAUCUUAUCACAACGAGACUAGUCAAAGACGACAUUUCGAAAAUGCACGUUCGAGGGCAGGGUGUCUUGGUACAGGAGGAGGAGGACACUCCAGGAGAGCAGCAAGACGAGGCGGAUAUAUUGAUCUCCGCUCUAGGAAUUUUGGAAGUCAUUAGGUGUCCAGAUAUUCCAGGCCUGGACACUUUCAAAGGAAACAUCUUUCAUUCUGGUGCAUGGGAUCACACUGUUGAACUGAAAGGGAAAAGAGUCGGGGUCAUUGGUAACGGAGCAUCUGCGACCCAGUUUAUUCCUAUAAUAAGCAAGGACCCUUCGGUGAAGGUGACGGUCAUCUGUCGGACGCCCAAUUGGUUCGUUCCACCGAUCCGUGCAAAAUAUAGCACAUUAAGGAAAUGGAUGUUCAGAAACGUUCCACUAUUCAUGCGACUCCACCGACUGUACUAUUUUCUUAUCACUGAUAUGUUUUACAUGUCCGUGUUCGCAAAUGUCUGGAUUCGUAAGUUGGCAAGACGGGUUUGCAAGGCCUACAUCUUGUCUACUGCGCCAAAGAAGUAUCACGACAAACUUAUUCCCUCUUACACUCUCGGGUGUAAACGUGUCAUCUUCGAUACCAAUUACCUCAACUGUUUACAUCGGCCCAACGUCGAUUUGAACUGGAAUGAAAUUGGAUCGAUAAUUGAAGAUGGGAUUAUCACGAAAACAGGAGACAAGCUACCUUUUGAGGUUCUCAUCUUUGCUACUGGGUUCAUAUCGGACGAUUAUCCGCUUCACGUCAAAGGCACCCUGGAAACCGUGAAAGAGUUCUACGAUAGGAAUGGCGGGCCGACGGCAUACAUGGGCACUACUCUACCUGGCUUUCCUAAUUUCUAUAUGUUGACAGGUCCCAAUACGGGCACAGGACACACAUCAGUCAUCUUCACGGAAGAAUGCCAGAUCGAUUACAUGCUCCAAAUGAUCAAACCUGUUCUCCGAGGAGAUCUCAAAACCGUUGAAGUGACUGAUAAAGCCACUGCCCGAUGGAACGACAAAAUCCAAGCACGACUACGUAGAUCCGUCUUUGUCGAUUGCGUUUCUUGGUACCGCAGAGAUAGGGAUGGAAAAGUGACGAGUAUCUUUCCUGGUUUUGCUACCGUGUUCUGGUGGUGGUUCAGACGGGUAAACUGGAGAGAUUAUCGAGUUUCAGCGCGUGAUCCGACACAGUGGGAGAGGAAGCAGAACCAGAAAGAACAGUGGAGGGGUUUCAAGAAGGUUGCUGUGUUUUUCGCUGUUCUUUCCAUUUCAAUAGCGAUCUUGGCGAAGGGCGCGGGUAAAUGGGACUUUGUUCUUGAUGUUUGUACCAAGCACCUUCCGUCUUCCUCUUGCCCGUUAUAUCGACGAGCUAAGGCACUUUGGGGAUUCUGAAGAUAUUCCAGUUUAGAUGCCCCUCAAAAAUACUUAUCAUUUUUGUAUAUGCCAAGAAUGGUACGAAUUGUCUUAUGGCAUCACACGAGCUACGAAGGCGAACUAUGGGCGUCGGAGGCCGUCUGUAGAUGCGUUAUCCUUUACAGUCUGGUUCAGCACGGUCAUGGGGUGUGGAGACCAUAGAGGUGCUUUUUUCCGAGUCAACUCCAGCUUUAUUCUAUUUCCGUAUAGACUAGAAGAAAGCUAUAAGUAUUACCGUCACCACAUCCUCAAAAUCAAUCACGGUUAAACGCGUUGGUUGGAUUUUGCGGAAUGUUUAACCUACCCACAUCAAUAACAUCCGUAGUUCAAUACAAUCCAUUGACAGAUAUCAAGUUUAGCCCCUCAAGGGCUCAGCGCCUG